GAUUGCAUGAUGUCCUUGGAACAAUUUCAGGAGUUGUCUGAAUAUUUGGGUUUCGCCUUGACUUAUCACAGCGCCAAAAACCUCUUCGAGCAAAAACUGCGCGAUCGGGAGAUGAAUGCCAUGACACUUGAAGAUUUUCAGGAUGCCUGCAUUGUGGCACCCCUUGACCGGAUACGUGCACGGCUUCGGGGGCAUAGGCAAAACAUGCUGGCGUGUGCCUUUCACAUUGACAAUUUUAUCAGGCAUUUGUCACUUUUCACGGGCGAAGAUCAUCGUCGCCGGGCGGUGACACGCUUUCAGCAGAAGCUCACGACCCGAUUUUGCGUGACGCUUUGGAGUAGCUUGCAACAAUGGGCAGAGAGAAAGACGCUUGCGGGAGAACCCAUGAUCAGUAAAGAGACUUUCUUGAAGCUGGUGGAUAGCAUCCAGUCCUUUCAGGCCUUUGAGAUGGACUUUUUCGGCAACAUCUACGAGCGCGUGGAUCGGGGCCAAAAGGGGGAGGUCGUCGGAGCCUUGAGGCAGAAUGCCAUCGAGAAAGAAGAGGGGGAGACCUGGUUACAAGAACCUGCCAUAUGCUAUGGCCAACAGCCAGAGGAACAGGAUGAUGAUGAUGAGGAGGAGGAGUCCAGCUCCAGCAGCAGGGCCAAGUCGUCUAAGAGGCAUUGGGUGCACCUGGGCCCAGAAUGGGGUGAGACCAAAGAGGGCUUCAGGUGUACAAACAAGAAGAACUCAGUGCCCAGAAAUCCAAAGUUGAAGUGGCUGGCAGCAAUUGACAAGGAGAGAUACCCACCUAGCACCACUUGCAUGCUCAGUGAACUCCAACUAGAGCAGCUGCUUUGGUGCUUGACUGGGCUUUCCCCUAAGAUUUCUGUGAAAGACUUGGAUGUGAAGACCAGAUGUGAGUUGACCCUUGGCUGGACUCAGAAGCAGCUGGUCAAGGACCAGGAAGACUUUUCCAAUUUGGAUGAAUACUCAAAUCAGCUGGGCUGGUACAAUUUGUGGAAGAAGACUUCCAAGAAGGGAGCAGACCAGCAAGACAGUCCUCCCCCACCUUCUGUCUUUCAGAAGUACAGCAAGAUCAAAGGGCCCAAUGGAGAGCUUGAAGUAUGCCAUGUGGAGAGGGGCAUGAAGGUGGUGGUGGGCCCACCACAUGCUCCCAUUGCCUUGGCCUACAGAAACUCUUGCUACUACUUGAAGCUGGCAGAGACAAGCAAGACUUCUGAGGUGCUGAUGAAAGCAGAUGAUGUGUUUGAGCAUGCUGAUGGUGUGCAAGCUUGGUAUGCCAAAGUGGCAGAGACUGCACUGCUGAACCAGGAGGACAUGUGGGCUCAGCAGUAUAUCAGCCAGAUGAAAGGCAUCUACUUGGGUCAUGAAGGGGCAGCACUGUCCACCAGGCAGCAAAAUUUGCUUGAAGCUUUUGGCCAAGCUGCACAGGGGCACCCACAGAUGGGACAGCUGCAGCAGCAACCAGCACAAUCACAAGGCCAUGGCCAACAGCAACCACCUGGGCAGACACCACAACAACACAUAGAGCAGACAGGGCAGCAGAGGCAGCAACAAGAUGGUCAAAGCCCUGUGCCACAGCCACAGCAGCAGCAGCAGCAGCAGCAGCAGCAGCCUGCUGACCAAGCUGUGCCACAACCUAUUCAGCAGGUGGGCCAACAAGCACCAAAGCAAAGUGGCCAGCAGCCAGAUGCCACACAGAAUAACCAGCAACCUGAGCAGGCUGCACAACAGCCACCUGCAGAUGGCCAGCAGAACCUGCAGCAGGAUGCAAAAAGCAACAGGUGGGCCACCUACAGACUGAGCAGCCACCACAGCAGUCUGCAGCAGGACAGACUGAACAGACUGACUCACAACAGCCACAAGCUUCUGCCUCUCAGAUUGGCCAACCACCAGGCCUUGGUGAUGGCCCUAAGAAGCCUGGUGAUGGCCAAGUGA